AUGAAUACGGAAAAGGCUCAAAAAAGUGCGGAAGAGUUUGCGUUGAACCAUGUUGCCAGUCUCUUUCAACGCCCUGACCAACUGGAGAAGCUGGAAGUACUCAAAAAACGAGCAGAACGUAAAAAAGUAUGCUUUUAUUUGAAUUUUUUCUCUGAAAUUUAGAUUUUUCUUGGAAUUUCCGGAAAUUUUUCCAAUGUAAUUUCAAAAUUCAGGCCGCAGUCGAAGCCAUGCUCCGGACCGGCGUUCAAUCACAGCUGGAGGGGAUUCGCAGCGCCAUGAAUCACCUGCAAACGGCCAGCGGUGAUAUUGGACUCAUCGAAAAGGAGUGAGUUUCGAAAAUUUUGAAGAUUCAUUCUUGUUUUUGCAAGAUGGAAUGGCUAAACGGUCCUGUGAAUGCGUAAGCGAGUAAUUUGAGGGGGAUUUUCAAGGGUUUGGAGAGGUUUUGAAGAGCUACCCUGAUGUUCAGGGAUUUCGUGGUGGGACCUAAAAUUCGCUGAUGGCACCGAUAAAAAAUUUUUUGUUGACAAGGAAAAAUCAUGCUCUAGAUAAAGCUUGAUGAUUUUGGAACCGAUUUUCAUUGAUUUCUUGACUUUUCAGGUUUUCGUGUCGGGACCUAAAAAUCUCAACAAAAAGGAAAACCUCGUAUUUUACAAGUUGUAAGUGACUAUUGAGACCACAGUACUCACAAGGAAAGUACUUCUAUGGGGUAUGGAGUUACAGGUCGAGACAUAUACCAAAAAAUCGCAAAAGUUUUCUAAUUCGGAAUAUGUAAAAAUUAGCUGCCCAAUUGUGGUUUGUAAGGGAGAAAACCCCUCAGAACUUUUCUUGCAACACCACGCAAAUACCUUUUUGACCAAGUUUUUACCAAAUCAAAAGUUUCGUUUUGAGCUAAAGUAAACCCUGGGGCAUCUUGACAAGCCUUAAAAUAUCAAAUUUGAUUAAUAUUACACCUUAAUAGCAGUCCCAAUGUAAAAAUGGGGCAUUGUAGUAUUAAUCAAGUUUGAUAUUUUAAGGCUUGUUAAGAUGCCCUUGGGUUUAAGUUAGCUCAAUACAAAACUUUUGAAUUGGUAAAAACUUGGUCAAAAAGACAUUUGCGUGGUGUUGCGAGCAAAGUUCUGAGGGGUUUUUUCGCCCUUAAAGACCAAAAUUGGGCAGCUAAUUUUCACAUAUUCCGAAUCAGAAAAAGUUUGCAAUUUUUUGGUAUAUGUCCCGACCUGUAACUCCAUACCCCAUAGAAGUACUUUCUUUGUGAGUAUUGUGGUCUCAAUAGUCGCUUACAACUUGUAAAAUACGGUGUUUUCACGUUCGUUGAAAUUUUUGGGUCCCGACACGAAAACUUGAGAAGUCAAAAAAUCAAUGAAAAUCGGUUCCAGAAUCGUCAUGCUUUGUCUAUAUGAAAUACUAAACAAAUUUCCUGCUCAAUUACUUCAAAUUGCUAAAACCGACAUGAAAAUUAUAUUGUAGUAUGCAUGAAGUCCUGAAGCGACUGCAGACAAUCCCGGCCCUCAAAGCCCGCCUCAGUCGACUGGCCGAAGCCAACAUGAUCCACUCGCAAUAUGCUGCCGCUAUGGACAAUCUGAAACAUAUUUUCAAUAUCAACGAGACGAUUGAAAUUACCCAUUCUCAUAUAAUGGAUGGCCGAUUGUUGUAUGCCCAUAAAAAUAUAAUGGAACUGGAGAAUGCCCGCGACGACUUGAUGAAUGAAGUCCAUAAAGUCCAAAGCGACAAACGAGAAUACAAUAUUAAUGUAGGUUACGGUAGAAUUCGGGUUACGGUAGAUUUUUGUCUUUUUGGGAUUACUGUAGUUUUGUGGAGUUUUGAGUUGGAAAAUGAGGAAAAAAUGAUUUACUGGUAAAAUUAGGUGGAUUUGAGGUCUAUAGUGUGUUUCUACAGCUAUUUGAAGACAUAAAUUAUACAAAAAUUUAUUUUUAUACCUAAAAUAAUAUAAUUGAAGUUGCUCAAAAACUAUUUCGCCGAAGUGGACAAAUUGGUGGUGGAGUUGGAGAAACAGAUCUUUUACAUCUGUAGCAGAGCCCUCGAGGCAGUCAGAGGAGAAAAUGCGGGCCCACAACAACUGGUUUCAGCCCUGAGAAUUAUUGAAAGAGAACAAAGAAUCGAUGAUUAUUAUAAAAAACAACAAACGGUAGGUUGAUUUUCGGCGGAUGGAGAUAAAAUAGAGGUAAAAUACGGCAUUGGUUUUUUUGUUUUUUUGGGGUCAAGUUGCUUUGGAUUUUUUGCGAUUUUUGUUUAAAAUUUUGUGAUUUUUUGAAUAUUAUUGGUAUUUUUUCAUGAAAAUUUAUUGUUUAAACACCUCCAAAAUAAAUUGUAGGAUGCGAAAAACGAUUAUAGUUACUUUACAGGUCAUUUUACACUUUUUGAAAACUAAAAUUUUGCGAAAAACCCCGGAAAAUCGCUAAAAAAUUGAUUUUCUCUAGAAAACCCUCAAAAAAUCCUAAAAUUUAUAUCAUUUUUGAUUCAAACAUGACUCUCCGAUACUCCAGGCCAACCCCUCAUCAUUCCUCCCACCCGGCCGACCGCGUCAAUGGCGCAAAAAACUGUUCACCGUCCUCUCGAAAACCGUCAAAGACCGGAUCGAAGGAAAUCAACUGGAAGAACGAAUAAAUAACAAACAAUGGCUUGUCAGGUACCUCGAAGUUUGCCGGAGAAUCGUCAUAGAUGACCUACAGGUCGUAAAGAGCGCCCUGCUUCCCUGCUUCCCACCGCAUUAUAUGAUCUACGACCGAUAUAUUCAUUUUUAUCAUGAGGCCUUGAGCAAUAGGGUAAGUGGAAUAUAAAGGCGAUUUUUGGGGUAAAAUAGGAGUGUUGUUGAUUUUUAUUGAUAAAAAUAGGAUCAGGAGGCUUUAUGGGGUACUUUAGGAAGUUUUGACGGACUUCCCUCAUUUUCAGGUUUUCGUGGUGGGACAAAAAUUUUUGGAAAUUUCGAGGUUUAAUGGUAAUACAAAGGUUUAUGAGUAUUAAAAGGCAUAAAAUAGUGAAAUUUGGGGUUUUUAAAACAUUUUUGGGUCUCACCACGAAAACCCUGAACAUCAGGGAAACCCGGAAAAUUUGUAAAAUACGCUUUUUUGAAGGCCUCUGCAUUUAUGAGUGAUAAUUUUUAAGUAUUAAAAUAUUUUCAGCUCCGCCAAAUCGCCUCGGAUGAGCUGGAAAAGAACGAAUUGGUCCAACUGCUCAACUGGAUCAAGUCCUACGGCUCAAAUGAGAUGCUCGGCAACCCCAAAUUGGGCAUCGAAAUCAACGAACUGCUCAAAGAAAAGCCCCUGCUCCCCCGGUCGACCAGCGACUUCUUGUACGACAAAUUCGUGGACGUCACACAGCAAAAUAUGACCGAUUGGCUGGAGAAGGCGAUCCAAGGAGAAGCCGAGGAAUGGCGAAAGGAACCGAUCAACGAAAGAGAAAUGCCCGAUAUUGAUGAAGACAGCGCCGGAUGCUAUUACACACAACUACCCAGCAUCUUGUUCGGAAUGGUCGAGGAUCAGGUGGGAUUUGGGAAAUUGAAAUUUGAAUUCCCGCCAAAAUUUGAAAAUGAUUUUUGACGGAAAAAUCAGUGGAAAUUGGGGUCUUUUUUGAGUGAUGUUGUGAUUUGAGGAUGCUAAAAUUAAUUUUGGAGGGAUUUCAGAUAAUUUUGGCGGCUUUUGAAAUUUUGAAUUUCCCGCCAAAUUUUGAAAUUGAAUUUUUGGGUUUGGAAUGAGCAAAAAUAUUUGGUUUUUGGGAUUUGGAGAGGGUAAAAAUAGAGUGGGAUAUGUAAGGUAGAGUUUGAAAUGUUAAAAAAUUGAAUUUUUAAAUUUCCCGCCUGAAUUCAAAAUUUUUUGGCAUUCUGUUUCAAGCUUGAAUGGUAUUUUCUAAACGAUAAUUUAUGCGUUUCCAGGUCUCCCUAGCCAAACAGAUCACAUCCGACAUCGUGCCGCGGAUCAUCGAGGCAUCCGUUGACUGCUUCCUAGAUGCCGCCACAAGGUACAAGGAAUUGCUGACCGAAUAUAAAAACGAGCACUUUGGAGAAAGCCGAAAGCAUCGGUUCUUCACACAACAUGUGGUAAGAAUGAAAUUCAUUGUAAAAGACAUGGUACUGUCCGUUGAUAAUUGAAAUUUCUUGCCUAUUUUGAAAGGUUAUGGCAUUCUGCAAAAGGAACUUAAAGCAAGGAAAGAAGUGAAAUUCUUGGGGUUAAUUGCAAAAUUCGAAACGUCUCAUUGUUUUUGUACGAAAUCUUGUUUAUUUUUGAUUUGCCCGCAGAUUUUCAAGUUUUCUUGGCAUUCUGCAACAAGCCAUAAAACCGUUUGUAAUUGGUCGAGACUUGGGUAUUCAGCAAAAAGAAGCCUCCAACAACGUAUUUUACACCUAAUUUUGUAGAUUGCAAUGUUAGUUUUUUUGAAUUUCCCGCUGAUUUUCAAGUUUUCUUGGCAUUCUGCAGCAAGCCAUAAAAUCGCUUGUAAUUCGUCGAAACUUGGGUUAGGAGAAAUAAGGAGCCUUCUGCAACGUGUUUCACACCGAAUUUUGCAGAUUGCAAUGUUAGUUUUUUUUGAAUCUCUCGCCAGUUAAAAUUUUUUUGGCAUUUUGCAACAAGUCCUAAAACCGCUUGUAAUUCGUCGAAACAUGGGCAACGAGGAAUCAGAAGUUCUCUUCAACGUAUUUUCGAAUUUAGAAUAAUAUUUGCAGAUUGCAAUGUUAGGUUUUUUUUGAAUUUUUUGCCAAUUUUAAAUUUUUUUGGCAUUCUGCAACAAGCCAUAAAACCGCUCGUAAUUGGUCGAGACUUGGGUAACGAGGGAUCAGAGGUACUCUUCAACGUAUUUUACACCUAAUUUUGCAGAUCGCGACCGCCAACAACAUGGACAUUUGCAACGAAUGCACGGAUAAAUGGGAAAUCCACAUCCGCCUCAACAUGGAAGGCAUCUCGGACAUCCCCAAAAGCGAAACCCCAACCUCGCCACGCUCAGUCUCCGGGAUUUGCUACGUAAAUCGCAAGGAGUUGAUCGAAAAAAUUGGGAAAUUGAAAGAAAAAUGGCAGUUUGUCAUGCAGCACGCGAUCGCAAUUCUAAUGGAGGAAUUGAACAACGACGUCAGCAAACAUUUGGACGUUUUAUUCAGCAAACAAUGGCUCCGGGGAUCGACGGACUUGGGCACAAUUCGACUUACCAUUCAGGACUAUUACACGGACUAUGUCCAUUUAAGGGUGCAUAUAAGGCUUUCGCUGAUCAAGGAGAUUGCCUACAAGCUGAUUGGAGAAUAUUUGAUAGCGAUUGAAGCCAGAAGACUGACUUUUUCGACCUAUGAGGACCGAGCGCAGGCCGCGGAACAGCUGAAAUACGACUCGAAAUCCAUUGGAGACAUGCUGCACAGCCUGCCGGACAUUGAAUUUGAUGUAAGUUUGGGGCAAAAAAAGGUGGGAAAUGAAUUGAAUGGAGUUAGAGGAAGAUUAUAAUGGGAUUGGAAUGUUUUGGACAAAUUUGGCCAUAGGAAUCGGAGUUGCAGCGAAAAUUUGAGGUUUUAGCCUCUGCACGGUGCGGAAUUUGAAAAAUUUUGAUUUUUUGAAGGGUAACGAGAUUUUUUUGAGUAGAAAAGGGUGUUAUAGGAAUGGGACUGAGUUAUUACAAGUAUUGGGAAAAAAAAUUUGAUCAAAAUUUGUUGGUCCAUCAAAAUUUUCGACUUUUUCUUGGUCACUGCACAGUGCGGAUUUGAAAAAUUGAAAAUUUGACUAUUUUGAAUUUUUUUAAGUUGUGAACAUAGAAAGUGGAGAUUGAUAGAGCUUUUGUGACUCACUAGUAAUAUCAGGGCGUUCGGUUUUAUGUGGAAAAAUUUUUUGAACGGAAUUUUUGAAUUUUUGGGCUGCACCGUGCGGUUUUUAAAAUUUGCUUGUUUCAACGGAUUUUUUUCGGAUUUGCAGGCAUAAAAAGUAACAAAAUCAGGGGUAGCGAUAUCUCUAAGCCUUUUGCUAUUGGUUUUAGUAGCUCCGAUGCUCAUUUGGACGUAGUUUAAAAAAAAAUUUUUUUUGAUGCACUGUGCAAAAUUGAAAGAUUCUGAAAGUUGAAAGGGAAAUUUGAAGAAAAAAUUAGAUUGAUUUUUUAAAAUACGGUUGACUUUCUCUUUAGUUUUUUUUACAGUGAAGGACCCGAUCCAGUGGCAAAAAACGUACCAUUUUGCAUCCGGGAAGCAUUAAAAAUGUGGCAAAAUGCUUCCCUCUCCAAGUGAAAAAACUUCGUUUUGAAGGGCGCGCUUUUGUAAUCAGAAUUUUUUCACUUGGGGAGAGAAGCAUUUUGCCACAUUUUUGAUACUUCCCGGAUGCAAAAUGGUACGUUUUUUGCCACUGGAUCAGUCCCGCAGUGUAAAAAAAAGCUAAAGAGGAAGUCUGACGUAUUUUAAAACAUCAACCUAAUUUUUUCUUCAAAUUUUCCUUUCAAUUUUCAGAAUCUUUCAAAUUUUGCACAGUGCACUCAAAAAAGUUUUUUUUAGAAAUACGUCCAAAUGAGUAUGGAAGCUGCGAAAACCAAUACCAAAAGGCUUAGAGAUAUCCCUACCACUUAUUUUGAUACUUUUUAUGCCUGCAAAUCCGAAAAAAAUCCGUUGAAACAAGCAAAUUUUAAAAACUGCACGGUACAUCCCAAAAAAAUCGAAAAUUCCGUUACACUAUUAUAAGUUGAUUUCAGUACCCUGGGUUGCUCACUGUCCUCCCAGCAAUGGCCGAUAUUCUGGAUCUCCGAGACAAAUCCCUGCUGUCUCUGGAGACCAGCUCCUUUGUCCGCAAAUUCCCAGACGUCCAACCAGAGCUACUGUCGUCUCUACUGUCCCUACGGGAAGACCUAACCCGUCAGGAAGCCAAAUUAACAGCAGAACAGGCCCUAAAUAAUAUACGACAUCAGCCAAAAGGAAGCGAUCAAAGCAUGGUAAAAUUGUUCCAAUGUAUAAAGUCGGAUGGGAAAAGAACACUCCCAGCCCUAGAGGAGACCAUGCACAACAUGUUCGCAACACUGGUCAUGACUGCGAAUAAAGUCGACCGGUAG